AUGUCAAAUAACCAAUCAGAUGAUGAUAUUGCAUCCAUGAGCGCUGCAGCAGUAAUGUGUCGUGAUGCUACCACAAUACAGCAGUGGAAUGUAGUGAAAAUGGUGAAAUACUUGGGCUCACAUGAAUUAUGUGUAGCAUUUGCUGAGUAUAGGGAUGACUAUGCGAGCGUUGAAAAGAAAUUCUCAUCUGCCACUAUCUCCGACUGGUAUAGCUACUGCAGGGUAGCAGUAGUUUUAUUUCAGUUAGACCACCAAAAAUUCAAAGGGAAGAUUGGUGGUCCAGGAAAGGUAGUGCAGAUUGACGAAAGUAAAUUCGGAAAACGCAAAUACAACAAAGGAAGACGCGUAGAAGGGCAUUGGGUCCUGGGUAUGAUAGAGGAUGGCAGUGAGGACCUCAGACUGGAGGUAUGCCCGGACAACGUACGUUCCGCUGAGGUCCUCAUCCCUCUUAUUCGCAAAAAUGUACGAGAAGGAACAACUAUAAAAACAGAUUUUUAGCGCGCAUACGAAUGCCUCCCUGAAUAUGGUUACAUCCAUAAAAAGGUUAACCAUAGUGACCCUGGCAAUCCCUUUAUCGCCGAGGAUGGCACAAACACACAAAGAAUUGAGUCUCAUUGGCGUGUGGUAAAGAGAUUUUUUUACAAAGACAACUAUAAUAAUCCGGCAAACUUUGCUGAUGUUAUAGUAGAGUUUUUAUGGAGGCGGGAAAUGCAAAAAAAAAAAUACAGAUCCAUUUAAUGCUUUACUGGGUGUUAUUAAAUACUUGUAUAACACGAAAUAAAAAAACUAAAACAUACAAAUGAAAACACAAUUUUAUUAUUUAGAGGGUCUUGUUUAAAUGGUUGGUUGGGUUAUCUUGGUACUUCAACUACUUGUAUG